AUGUACUCGCCACGCACGCGAAGAGUUCUAGAAAGAGGAGGCGACUCCAGAUCCAAGGGAAAGGUCUUCAGGAAAGCAUCUCGACAAACUGAGUACACCCCGCCCACCAGCCCCGACAUCAAACCUGAAAAUCUGCCACCCCUGCCCGCUUCCAUUCCUCCAUCACCAGCUUUAUCCGCCCAAAAGUCACGACAGACCAGCCCAGCACCGUCUGCCGUUUCCCUCUCCUCUCGCCGAUCAGACGCCACGUCAGUAAGGUCCGCACUACAGCCCACCGUGGAGGACUACAACAGUGACAACGAGGACACUCAACCCUCAGGGUCUGAAAAGUCUCAGACCCCAACUAUAACUUCACCACCCCCAGAGCCACAGCACAGUAACGCACCUUCAGAAGCACCUACAAGUACCGGUACCGAGGCCUCGGCCCCCGGGUCGCAAAAAGAGGAGGAUCAAGCUGCCUCGGAGGCUCCUAGCAAGGCACCGAGUUCCGUCAGCAAAGCACCGAGCGUCGCCAGCAAAGCCCCUACCACUGCUAGCAAGGCACCAUCCACUGCUAGUAAGACGCCAACCACCGGAAGCAAGGCCCCGAGUGCAGUCAGUAAAGCCCCGACUGAGGCAAGCAAGGCUCAGAGCUCCGUCAGUAAAGCCCCAACCGAGGCGAGCAAGGCCCCGAGUGCAGUCAGUAAAGCUCCAACUGAGGCAAGCAAGGCCCAGAGCUCCGCCAGCAAGGCCGCAACUGCUGCCAGCAAGGCCCCAACUGCUGCCAGCAAGACCCCAACCACUGUGAGCAAGGCUUCGGGGGCUGCUUCAGGAACUGCUUCAGGAGGAGGGUCAUCAUCAGACGAGAAGGUCAGUGGUGGACAUAGCGACGAAGCCCACGAGAGCGAGGACAACCUUGGUACCGCCGAGCCGCUUCUCCCGGAGGAUAGCAUUUCGCAACAAGGGGACGACGACGGGACAAGCCACGCAACUUCAUACCAUUCAGCAGCUACACCAGUGCCAAGAUCGCCUACUGCAGCAUCUGCGCUGAAGUCGCCAAAGGCGGCAUCGAUCAAGACGGACCUGCCCAGGAGUUCACCGUCACUGUCAUACGCCGAAGCCCAAGACGAGUUCCAGCAACCUCAGUCGCCUACGGCUGCAUCUUACGCACCGCCCCGAGGCCCCUACUUUAGUCCUUACGCAGACCCUUAUUCCUCUUCGAUGCCUGGGUAUCCGCAAGGCUACUUUUACCCACCACCCCACAUGGCGAUGGCACCACCUCAAGGCACACCCCCUGGGUAUGCCCAAUCCCCAUACGGCUACAAUGGCGGACCGCCGUUCAUGGGAUACCCAGGAAGCCCGACGGCGCGCCGGCAGAAUUCGACCGGCUCGCGGCGGAGCAGCCAGAUGGGUGGUGACUUCGCCAUGCCGCCAAACAUCUUUGGCAACGGCGGCGGCGGCGGUGGCGGCAUCGGCGGCGGCGGCAUGAACGGAUCCGCCGUCGAGGACGACGGCGCCGCCGAUCUCCUCGGCCGCAUCACGCAGGCCAUUCCCGACCUGCACAUGCUGCUGUCGCGCUACAACGAGACCCGAGGCCAGCUCGGCGCGCGCGAGGAGCUGAUCAAGAAGGCCGAGGCCGCGCAGGCCGAUGCGAUCAAGCGCAAGGAGGACCACAUCGACCAGCUGACCAAGCAGCUCGAGGCCGCGGCGAAGCACCACUCGUCCGAAAGCAACAAGCUCCGGCUCGAGAUUGGCAAUCUCGAGGAGAAGAAGAAGGAGCUGGAGGAGAGCAUAGCCGAGGCCGAGCAGGCGAAGAAGGAGAUGGAGGAGACGAAGGCGGCGCUCGAGGAGGCGAAGACGGCCGUCGAGGCCGAGAAGGAGGAGCUCGAGCGGACGCUGGGUGAGGAAAAGGAUCGCCUCGAGAAGGAGCUCGGCGAGAUGCAGGCGAAGGCGACGGCGCUGGAAGAGGCCAACGCCGAGCUCGAGGGCGAAAAGACCGGUCUCGAAGAGGCGAAGGCGGGGCUGGAGGCGGACAAGGAGGGUCUCGAGAAGUCGCUCGCCGAGGAGAAGGAGGCGAAGGACGCGCUCGAGAAGUCUUCGGCCGAGGAAAAGGAGCGCAUGACCAAGGAGUUUGAGGAAGAAACUGAGAAGACCAAGAAGGCAGCCGAGGACGAGAAGAUGGCGCUUGCCGUCGAGUUCGACCGCCUGCAGAAAGAGAAGGAGGAAGCCUUCGAAGCUGAGAAAGGCAAGCUUAUCGAUGAGCACGUUAAGGACAAGGAGGCCUUGCGUGCUGAUCUGCAGCGCCAGAAGCGCGAGCUUGAGGAGAGCUUCGAGACGGUGCGCAAGGAGCUCGAGAACAAGCUCAACGAGGCGCAGAGCAACUUCGAGGAUGCCCUGAAGAAGGAGCGCGAGAGCCGCGAGCUGUGGAAUGCGGAGCGUGAGAGCUUGAAGAAGGGAUGGGAAGAGGAGCGCGAGGAGAUGAAGAAGGGCUUCGAAGAGCAGCGCGAGCUCUUGACUUCUCAGCUCAACAAGGAAAAGGAGGACCUCCGCAAGGCCUUCGCCGCGGAGAAGGAGGCGGCGGAGAAGGCGGCGCAGGAAGAGAGGGAUAAGCUGGUUGCGGAGCGUGACAAGAUCAGCAAAGAAUGGGAUGAGGAAAAGGAUCGUCUCGAAAAGUCCAUCGGCGAGCUCAGGAGCAUAGCCGGUAACUUUGGUAAUGAGAGGGAGCGGAUGCAAAAAAUCAUCGAAGGCUUCGGUGAGGCGGCUGUCGUCAAGAGCAAGGGAGAUGCGUACUAUCUUGACGCCUUUGCGCGUCUGCAGCAACAGGUCUUCUCCCUCUCGAACAACCACUUCAAGAAGCUUCCCGAUCCAGCUCCAGAGGCGGAAAAGGUCGGCGUCCUCCCCGCCGGGCUUCCUUCGUUCAUAGAUGAUAGCCCAUCAGCCACUCACAUCCGAAUCUCCUACGUGAUGCACAAGAUCUCGUCGAUAAUCACGCUCCGCAUAUUCACGCCCUUCCUCUUCAGUCCAGAGGGCAUGGAAGACGCAACCACCAAGCUCCUUCAGGAAGUCAGCGACCAGCUGCGGACCAAGAACGCGCUGAAGGAAGCCACCUGGCGGCAGCACACGCUGUCGACGCUCUUCCGCGGGCCAGACGCGAAGCAACGCAUCAACAAGGCGGCGGGGGCCGUGGUCGACGAGAUCUGCCAGGCGAUCCAGCCGCUCGCCGACCCGAUGGACGAGGAGGGGGUGCGGGUCGAGAUCCGGCGCAUCGUCAAGCUGGCGGCCGAGACGUGGCGGUUCGCGCGCAUCGAGCGCGAGAUGAUCUCGGCCUCGAUGCCCGCGCCGGGCGAGGUGUGCGCCGACGACGCGCACGAGAAGCACUGGCCGCAGCAGCCCUUCGACAUGCCCCACUACCCGGUCAGCUCCAUCGCCGACCUGGACGAGUCCAAGCUGUCGCCCAAGUCGAAGGUGCUGCUGCGCUUGUUCCCGGUCAUCGAGCGCGAGCCGAGGCUGAGGAAGGACAGCAACGACGGUGGUAGCGGCGACGACAACAAGCCGGAUGACGGGUGCGUGUACUGCUACGGGCUGGCGCUGUACGAGGACUCGGCGCCUGUGUUGGCUCGUCUGCGCGAAGCGGAGCUGGCUGGUGGUCUGUCAGGUACGGACGACUCCUCUUCUUCCGCUUCUCCUCCUAUCGAUGAUGACAAAAAGGAAGACACGAGUGCUGAAUCGGAGUCAAAGGACCCUCCAGCUGCUGAGGAGGAGACGAAGGCAGCUGAGGAAGGGGGUGGGGGUGGUGGGGAUGACGAUGCUGCGGUGGCGGCGGUGGUUGCGGCGGCGGUUGCGGCUGGUGUCGCCGCCGCUGCGGAGGGGGAAGGAGAGGAAGAGAAGAAAGAUGAUGAGGGUGAAGAAAAGAAGGAGGACGGCGAGGAGAAGCCAGCUGAAGAGCCGGCGGCUGCGAGCGCAGAAGAAGAGGCGAAAGAAGAAGCGGCAGCGGAUGAGACCGCAAAAUCGGAGGAGGAGGCUGAGAAAGGUGAGGAGAACAAUGACCCCCCAGCGCCGGCCGAGGGCGAAGCUGCGCCUGAGGUGGUAGCGGAGGAGGUCAAGGAGGAGCAAGCUGAGGAGAAGCCGGCAGAAGACGCUGCUGCCGAGGAGAAGUCAGAGGAGAAGCCUGCCGAAGAACCAGCAGGCGAGGAGAAGCCUGCGGAGGAGCAGAGCUCCGAAGAGAAAUCCGGCGAAGAGCGGUCCAGCGAAGAGAAGCAAAGCGAGGAGGCACCUACAGAGGACAAGCCCAGUGAGGAAAAUACAGGUGAAGACAAGCCGGCAGACGAACAGCCCAGCGAGGAAAAGUCGCCAGAUGAGCCUAGCGGAGAGGAAAAGAGCGAAGAGAAGAGCGACGACCAGCCGGCUGAGGAGGAGAAGUCUGAAGAGAAGGCUCCAGAAGACCCGCCUGCUGAGUCGACAGAGGAGAAAGCCGCAGAGACAGAGGCCGCUGCUGACAAUGGCGAUGAAGCCAAGCCAGCUGAUGAGCCCUCUGCUGAAGCAAAGGAGGAAGAGAAGCCUGCCGAGGAGCCUGUCACGACUGAAGAAGAGACGAAAGCUGAGGAAGCCCCCGCUGAGGAGACCCCCGCUGAGGCUCCCGCUGAGGUUCCCGCUGAAACUCCUGCUGAGGAUGCUCCUGCCGAGGCCCCUGCUGAGGAGACUCCUGCUGAAGCUCCUGCUGAGGGGUCACCCGCUGAAGAGCCCAAAGCUGAGGAACUGCCUGCUGAGGAGCCCAAGGCAGAGUCUGAGGGCGACGGCUACAUCGCCCUACCUCGCAAGAUCGGCUCGACGCCGGCGAUGGCAGCGGAUGGCGAGGAGGCGAAGCCACCAACGCCUCCGCCUGACGAGGCCAGGGCACCAUCCCCUGCCCCCAGCAGGAAGGCUGAGAGCGUAAGAAGCAAGGCCCCAAGCGUCAGGAGCGUACGCAGUAUCAAGAGUGACAAGAGCUCUUCGAGCAGGAGGCGUUCAUCCUCACGACCAGGCACGCCGAGACCAGGACUUGUCGAAGGCCUCGCGGCCGCCAGCAUCCUCGCAGCAAGCUUGAAAGGCGGUGGCGACGACGGCGCCAGCUCCAGCGAUUCCUCGAUCCCCACGAUGCCGACGCCCUCGGAGGACAGGCCUCGAAGCAUGCGCAGCGAGCGGCCGUCGUCGCGAACGCGGACGGCGUCACGACCUUCGCAUUCGCGGCGCGGGUCCGAGGCGGACGACCGGCCGCACUAUCGGAUGAGGGACAAGCCCGUCAUCGAGCGCAGCUCGAGCCACAGGGCCAGCAAGCCGCGCACAUUGGGCGAGGGGGCGACCAGCAGCCGCCGGCACUCAUCCUUCGCGGCCGUCAGUCCCUCCGUCGAGCCGAUCACGCCGGCGAGCGAGGCGUCGCUGCGUGACCGCAGCGCGCGUGGAAGCAGCCGAUACGCAGAUAGCAUGGACAGCAUCAACCCCGGCGGUGCGAGCUCGCGAAAUGGUAGCAGUGGGAGCAAGUCGGGCACAGUGACGGACAACAGGAGCGCAGCCAUCAAGGGGCUGUAUCAGCACCAGAACCAAUACCCUCAUCACCACGUUACGAGUUGA